UACACUCUGCUAUUGCACGCAGUAUCCCAAAGAUUUCUUUGCUUUGUUUUUACUUGGCGCUCGCUCACGCAUAGCAGCUGCAAAAGCAACGGAAUUUCAAAGUCAGUUUAGUUCUUUCGUGGAAUUGAGCGAAUGCGGUUCUUCAGAGUGAAGGAAAUAUCUUGUUUGUGUACAUUUCCCAAUUAGGAAAUUACUUCGGUCACAAAAAAGUGCCGAAGCAACAAUUAUUUGGAAAGUUUGCUAUAAAUAAUAGUAGGAGAAAGCAUUAUAAAGUAAUUGAAGAGUGUUAAAUAUUCUCCUCUAAGUGUUUCUGUUCGGUACUAAUCAAAUUGCUGUUGAAAAUCAAAUUCAAGUGAAUGGGGAGCUGGAUAAAUUGAUUUUUACUUUUGCCCUCCAUUGUGAUCGUGUGAAAAAAUAGUCUAUGCUCUUGUGUGUUUGUACGAAAUUUUCGUUGCAUUCGCGGUUUGUGUGUGUAUGUAUUUACUUGUGUUGUGCUGUUAAAUGAAUCGUUGUUGCGCUAAUCACAACUUCAACCGGCUAAAGUGAAUUACUUUCCCACGAUAAUAAAUACUCAUUAGCUAUGGCCAGUCAGCAGCAGUCGAAUAUGGAUUCGGCGAGUGCAAAUUUUGAGGAACUGCAGCAAAAGGAAAUCACGGCUAUUCCACAGUAUGGCCUAAAAUUGAAAUUUGAUCAUGUUUGGCCUGAGAAGCGUAAUCAGAAUUUUCGACCAACGUUCAGACAAACAUUGCCUUUGUUGCCAUUAGCGUGCAGAUAUUCCGCUUACUAUUGGAAGGUAACUCGUGAGAAUCGGCGCUGUUAUAUGGACUAUUAUUAUACGGAGAAUGGUAAGCAAAUGUAUGGCGUUCCUUUGGGUGGUAUUGGUGGCGGUACUAUAGGACGUGGUUUUGCUGGCGAGUUCUGUCGUUUUCAAAUGCGUCCCGGCAUGUAUGAGUAUAAUGUCGUGCAAGCGAAUCAAUUUAUUGUGACCAUUAAGGAUGCUAAGGGUUGCACGAUAUUUCAGAGUUUACUAUCGAAGCAUAGCGCCCUUGACAGCGUCAACUCUCAAUGUAAUAUGCCCAAUUGCAGCAGUCGCUCCAAACAGCCUCUACACACCUGGCACUCCAACAUUGAUGACUCGAAAUGCUCUUAUACGGGCUUGUAUCCGCGCGCCUGGACCGAAUAUGAUCUUACUGCGUACGGCGUGCGACUGAUUUGUCGUCAAAUUUCGCCCGUCAUACCGCACGACUACAAAGACUCCUGCCUGCCUUGCGCCGUCUUCGUGUGGUCUGUAGAGAAUGUAUGCGCGGAGGAGCGUAAAGUUUCCAUAACAUUCACGUUUAAGAAUGGUACUGGCACUAAAAAACAAGACGCCGAAGGCGGUGCUGAGGCAAUGCUUAUUACGCAGGGCAAUGUGAAGGGCGUUGGUAUACGACAAAAAAUUGCUGGCAUGCCAUGUACCUACAAUUUGGGUUGUCGCGUUUUGCCCGAAAUCAGUAUUACACGCUGCACGCAGUUCGAUCCGUACGGCACGGGAGAACAACUGUGGUCAGAGUUAAAGGAGAAUGGACAACUCAAUGAAAAGCAUUGUGAUGAGGCGUUGAAAACUAAGGAUCUCGGUGUCGCUUUAUGCGCACAAAUCGCACUCAAACCAAAUUCUAGUCAUGACUUGGAAUUCGUAUUAGCCUGGGAUAUGCCACUGAUACAUUUUCCAAAGAAACUCAAAUCAUAUACUCGUUACUAUACAAAAUAUUUCGAUGCUUCCGGUGAGGCUGGUCCCAAGAUAUGCGAGUAUGCAUUGAAGCACUAUAGUAGCUGGGAGAAAUUAAUUGAUGCUUGGCAGCGACCCAUACUCAAUGAUGACGGUCUGCCUGAUUGGUAUAAAUGCGCAAUCUUCAAUCAAUUGUACUUCAUUUCGGAUGGUGGCACUAUCUGGUUGACGUGCGACUCAUCGUUCGGCAAAAAGUUGAACUACGAUGAUCCCAGACUGGCUUACGGCCGUUUUGGUUAUUUGGAGGGUCAUGAGUACCGCAUGUACAAUACCUACGACGUACAUUUCUAUGCCUCAUCUGCACUAUCGCAUCUCUGGCCGAAUUUGCAAGUGAGUCUACAGUACGACAUUAGAGAUGCCAUUGAUGUUGAUCUGCCCGAUACACGCAAAAUGCUUUACGAUGGUAAAAUUCUGCCACGACAUAUUAAGAAUUGUGUGCCGCAUGAUCUCGGCGAUCCGGACGAGGAACCUUUCACACUCAUUAACACUUAUAACAUACACGAUGUUAACCACUGGAAGGAUUUGAACACGAAAUUUGUGCUACAAGUGUAUCGUGAUUAUUAUGUACUGAAUGAAUUGGCACAGGCGCAGGCCGAUAAUGCCAGUAAGUUCAGUUCGAUUGAGUUCAUCGAUAAGGAUAGUUUGUAUGAAAUGUAUAUGCAGGAUAAUAAACGUAAGAAUUCUGCAGAUGAAAAGCAGCAAAAUCGCAAAUCAGCCUCUUUAUACAUAAAUGAAACCAAUGGCAAAGUUUAUUUAAUGGAUUCUAUGGCCUAUUUGAAGGCAAUGUACCCCGCUUGUAAGGUGAUUAUGGAGCGCACAAUUGAAUAUGAUAAGGAUAAUGAUGGGCUUAUUGAAAAUAUGAAAAUGCCCGAUCAAACGUUUGAUACCUGGGUGAUGGAUGGUCCCAGCGCCUACUGUGCUGGCUUAUGGCUUGCUGCCUUGCAAACCAUGUCAGUUAUGGCUACGCUAUUAGAUCAACCGAACGAUUGUUUACGCUUUCAGGAUAUUUUGGAACGUGGCAAACAUUCGCUGGAGGAGAAAUUAUGGAAUGGUAAUUAUUAUCGAUUCGAUAUGCAUCAUAAGGACACUAUAAUGGCCGAUCAGCUGUGCGGACAUUGGUACUUGAAGACAUGCGGUUUCGAUUAUGAGAUUUAUCCAAAAGAGAAUGUACGCAAAGCCCUCAAACAAAUCUAUCAGAAUAAUGUUAUGAGUUUCCAAGGUGGUAAUUUGGGUGCUGUCAAUGGUUUCAUUGUUAAUGCAGAUCCCGGAAAACCCGGACAUGCCGAUAGUACUACGCUACAGAGUGAGGAAGUUUGGCCGGGCGUUACUUUUGCUCUAGCCGCUACCAUGAUACAGGAGGGCAUGUUCGAGGAGGGCUUUCAAACGGCCGGUGGUCUCUACAAAACCCUAAGUGAACGCAUCGGUAUGAAUUUUGAAACACCAGAAGCAUUAUAUGCGGAAAAACAUUAUCGUUCUAUUGGUUAUAUGCGACCAUUAAGCAUUUGGUCCAUGCAAGUGGCUUGGGAGCGGAGAAAAGCGUUACGCGAUUAAAUUUAUUAAAUAAACAAAAAUUGCAGAGAAACAUUUGAGCAAUGAGAAAAGUGAAAUUUUUGGUGUGCUAUUAUGUAUAAAUGCAUGUUAAACCAGUUCGAGAUUACACACUAAUUAUAUAAACUGAUACAUAUAUACAUAUAUGUAUGCAUGCUAUAUGUAAGUCUAUUUAAAAAGGCGCAACUUUAUAUAUAUAUUUUCUGUAAAAAAAAAAUUCAAAGCAAGUUAAAAAUUAUAAAGCGGAAAAGAAAGUACAAGACUAUGGUAAAAGAGCAUGAAUUUGAGAGCAUUAUUAAUUUUUUAAAAAUAUUUUAUUUAUAAAAAAAACCAAAAAUUCAAACUAUACAUAUUAUUAUUUGUACAAAUAAGCCUAGCUGUUAGAAUUCUCAAACCCGAGAGAAAGAGUAGAGUAUUCUUUUAAUUAAUGCAGCAAAGUAACAAGCACUAAAUUUGAUAUUUUUGCAAAAAAGAAAAGCAACAUCUGCGGAGUACAGACCGUUAAGGCAGAACAGAUAAAGUAGUAGAUGUGGUCCGCCCUGUUUUCCUGAUUUUAAUGGUAUACAUUUUUU